UCCACGCAACCAUAGCGACAGGUUGCUUGACGCUGUUGACAGCUCUGCCCUGUGGGUAUGAAAGUUAUGCUUUCGGCGCGUAAAUUUAUGUUGUGAAACGGGAGCAUCGCAACAAACAGCGGCCACUGCACCACCACUCCAUCCAUCGUUGAACGGUUGUACAGAUUAUUGCAUUACGGGUGAAAAUGUGCCUUUCUGUUCACAGAUAAUUUGUGUUAGUGUGUACGUUAUGUGUGUAUUGUAAAAGAAAGUCUGGAACCCACACACCAUCGAUUAGAGGACCAUUUCCGGCUGCUGUGCGCUUUGGCUUGCAUGGUGUCUGCUGACGACCGCGACACAGCACGACCGGGCACCCACCGCAGUAGCUAUGUUUAUCGCCGACCUAAGGAAAGACUUUUACCAGCAGCUGAUCGGCAAGCGCAUUCUGGUGCUGGUAAACUACGAUCUCGAUGCGAUCUGCGCUAGCAAGAUUCUGCAGGCCCUGUUCCGCUGCGACAAUGUGAUCUACUCGAUCGUACCGAUCAUGGGGCUGACCGGUAUGAAGCGAGCGUACAACGAGCACAAGGGCGACGUGCGGUACGUGCUGUUGGUGAAUUGUGGCGGUUGCAUCGAUAUCGUGGACGUGCUGCAGCCGGAACAGGAUGUCGUGUUUUUCAUCUGCGACUCCCACCGACCGUACGACGUGUGCAAUGUGUACAGCGAUGGACAGGUUCGUAUUCUGGGCGAGAUGAACAGCAGCGAAAACAUACCCGCCUUCGAUGAUAUAUUUCAAGAUUCGGACAACGAAAGCAACGACGAGGAUGAUGCCGGCUACGACGAGGACAAUGGAGGAAGCGAUAGCGAUGGAGGCACCACCGGCAACAAUCGCGUACAGCGCAUCGAGCAGCGGUUGCUACGGCGACGGGAACGAAAAGCAUGGCAAGAGCGACGGAUAACGCUGAUGUUUGAAUACUCCCAGUACGCCUACUACGGUGCCAGCUCGGCGCUCAGCAUAUUUGAGCUGGCCUGGCGCUUGUCGAAGGAUUCGCUCGAUCUGCUCUGGUGGGCGAUCGUUGGCGUGACGGAGCAAAAGCUGCUCGGCAAGGUGGAAAGCUCGUCGUACACGCUGCUGAUCGAAAAGAUCCAGUCGCACGUAUCGCGCCUAACGAACAAGGCGAGCGAUCAAGCCAUCCAGACGUCGGUGAAGAUUGUGUUCGAAAGCGAUCUGCAGCUGGCACUGUUCCGGCACUGGAGCGUGCUGGACUCGCUUCGCUAUUCAUACUACCCGGCCUGCCGGUUAAAGCUGUGGACGCACAAGGGCGACAAGCAGAUGAACGAGCUGCUGGUGGACAUGGGCUUACCGCUCGUGCAGGCAAAGCAAACCUUCAACGCCAUGGAUCUGGUACUGCGCAAAGAGUUUUACGACAAGAUUGAAAAGUUUGCCGAAAAGUACAACAUGCCGGACGUGACGUACGCGUCGUUCGUGCUGCAGUACGGCUACCGCAACCGAUACUCGGCCGCCGAUUACGUCUACUCGAUGCUGGCCAUACUGGAGUCGGUGCGGCAGGAUCGGUUACCGGAGGCUUGCUUCCUGCAGUCGAUGGACGCACUAUCGCGGGCCAAGAAAGCGCUUCUGGACGAGGGCAUCGAGAUGUGCAAAACGCUGCUAACGACCAUAUUCAAGCAGGUGCAAACUUGCCUCGAAAUGCAUCAGAUCCGCUCGGCCGGCCCCUUUCUGUAUCUGGUUCUGCAGGAGGAGGUGCCGUUUUUCAGCUGCCCGUACGGGUUGAUGCUGUUGGCCCGAUUCUUGCUACGAGCACACGUUGCCGUAUCGCGUAACCGACGCGCACAGGAGCUGCCACUCAUUGCCGUCGCUCCGAUCGACCUGCAGAGCGGCAUAUCGCUGCUGGCCGGUGUGCCUCCGGUCUGUGAAGACAGUCGACACUUUUUUGCGAAAGCGUUCGAGGAGGCGGGCAACCGCAGUGGGGCGAUCAUCUCGCAGGACUUUUUCGAGACGGCCGUCAUACAGAUAAAGCAGUCGGAUUGUACGAAAUUUCUCGAUGCGCUCACCGUUAUGCUUAGCUGAUAGAUUGGAAGGGUAACGUUAGGGAGAAAUCGUUUUUUAGCCGUUAAUACCACAAGCACAAACAAACACACAUCUCCGCCCUUCAAAACAGCAUCCAAACAGAACGCAAUUGGGGUCCAUGGCUGGUCUUGUGGGGGUUUUGUCGCAGAAAGGUUUUUUAGAAGGUCGAUAUCAUUGUAGUUUAAAUGUUUAGGUUGUAAGACAGAUGCUACGAUUUCAACUCUUCAGCACACACACACGGCAGAUAGAAUAUCGUUCCGUAAUAGGUUUUGAUUUUAAUGUACUUCGACGUUGAUUUUCCUAGCCCUGGCAGUGUGAGCCGUACAGAGAGAGAGAUGUGCAAACCAUCCGUUAACAAAACCAUUGAUAAAUUAUUACCGGCAGGAGAGAUUCAGCGAACAUGAUUAGCUUAAGGACCGACACUUAGCAUUAUGGAAAUAAACCAUUUACCUGUAGCUAUACA